ACCUGUAUGCAAAAAUACUUAAUAAAAAAUAUUUUUAAAAAAAGAAACUGUGAGGUCUGUGGGAACUUGGAAGCUAGGUAUGUGGGGUUUAUAUAUCUGUCUGUAGAAGGUCCAGGGUGGGAGAAAGAACUUUUCUUUGAAGCAGGUGUGAAUGUUGUAAUUAAUCACCUUGAUUAGCAUUUAAUGGCCCUGUGGCUUCAAGGCCUGGCUUCUUCUUGCCUGGGAGAAUCUUUUUUUGGGAGGAGUUAGCUGUCCCUGAUUGUUUACUGUCUGGAUUUCUUCUGUUUUCAGAGUGUUGUUCUUUAUUUAUUGUCCUGAUUUUAGAGGGUUUUUUUUAAUACUGAGGGCUAUCUGGGUUAUCUAAGUCCACACUGCCCUAUAUCCUUGUUCAAUGUUUAGUGCUAAAUUUGCAAAUAUAGUAAUUCCUACAUAACAUUACCAUGUAUUGAACUGCUUUUUCUAUUGAUUUGUUGUAAAACAUGAUGUUUUGGUGCUUAAUUUGUAAAAUCAUAAUGUAAUUUGAUGUUUAAUAGGCUUUUCCUUUAUCUUUCCUUAUUAUCCAACAUUUUCGCUUAUCCAACACUUUUAUUUUUCAGUGAUUGGCUUGGGGGGGGGCAAAAUUCUGUUCGCCUACACUUGAAAAAUAUCUAGGGCCGGCUCUGCUUCUAUUAUAGGUUUAUCUUAUGGUUACAGUCAGAAACAAAUUUAAAGCACACAAGAAGUGUACAAAUGCAGAUUCUGGUAUUUUUGGGAACAAAAACCAGAUACAAUCAAAAGGAGAAAAGGAGAAGAAAAGAGAAGCCAAGAAAUAUAGAACAUUACUAAGAUGCACCUUAUCUGUAACAAUAUUUAACCUCAAUACCAUUUUAACAAUAUGUUUCCUUUUACACAGGUCUCUCAUUAUUUAUUUGGUCCUGUGCUGGAUGUUAAAGCUUACUUUCCUUUUAUACAUCGUGUAGUCCCCAAUGAACAACAUCAAUACUGGGGGAUUGUUGAACUCCUUAAGCAUUUCCAAUGGACAUGGGUUGGGAUCGUCACACUGGAUGAUGACAAAGGAGAGAAUUUUGUGCAGACCUUGAUACCAAUGCUUUCUCUGAACAGAAUCUGUGUUGCUUUCACUGACAGAAUGCCUCCUCCAACAGACUUUUCUCAAUUACAUGAUGUCUAUUUACAGACAGAAAGAAAACUUCAUCUUUUCACAGAUAACAAUGUAAAGGCACUUGUUGUUUAUGCAGAGACACAUUCCAUUUUAGGUCUGAAAUAUUUACUGGUACAAACAGGAGAUGUGACAGUUACUCUAGACAGAGUCUGGAUUAUGACAGCCCAAUGGGACUUCCCAGCAUUACAGUUUCACAGGCAUUGGGAUAUCCAAGUCUUCCAAGGAGCCCUGUCUUUUGCAGUUCACUCCAAUGAGGUGCUGGGAUUCCAAAACUUCCUCCUGGGUAUCCAUCCACACUCACAAAGCAGAGACAAUUUCAUCAGGCCCUUUUGGGAGCAAGCUUUUGACUGUUUAUUUUCAGAAUCCAAUGAAUACAGAGAAGGCAAUGGGACUUGCACUGGGAAAGAAAAACUGCAAAGUCUUUCAGGACCCUUUUUUGAAAUGAACAUGACUCCCCAAAGCUAUAGUAUAUACAAUGCUGUCUAUAUUGUGGCACAUGCUUUGCAGGCCAUGUACAAACGGAAUUCCAGGCAUAGGCUGGCAAAACCAACUCCAGUUCCACAACCUUGGCAGCUUCAUUCCUCCCUGAAGAGAAUUUCAUUUAACAAUAGUGCUGGAGAUCAAAUGUCCUUGGAUGAUAAAGGUGAAUUGCAAAGUGGAUUUGAUAUUAUAAAUUGGGUGACUUUCCCAAACAAAUCUUUCUCAAGGGUGAAAGUAGGAAGGAUAGAUCCAUGGGCCCCACAAGACAGAAGAUUCUCCAUUAAUGAUGAGAUCAUCACAUGGUACCACACAUUCAACCAGAUGGCACCCUCUUCAGUAUGUAAUGAUAAUUGCCACCCAGGAUCAGUUAAGAAGAAAAAGGAAAUGGAGCCAUUCUGUUGCUAUGAUUGCAAACCAUGCCCAGAAGGGAAGAUUUCUGAUAAAAACGACAUGAACAUAUGUACCCCGUGUCCAGAAGAUCAAUAUCCAAGUAGCAAUCAAGACCACUGUAUUCCUAAGGCUUUAAACUGUUUGCUUUAUGCAGAAACUUUGAGCAUCAUUAUCAUUUUUAUGACUUUUUCAUUUUCCAUGAUCACAGCUUUGGUGUUAGGAAUAUUCAUUAAAUACAAAAACACUCCUAUUGUUAAAGCCAACAACCAAGAUCUCACCUACACUCUGCUCAUCUCUCUCUUCCUCUGCUUCCUCUGCCCAUUGCUUUUCAUUGGCCAGCCCCACAAAAUAAAAUGCCUCCUGAGGCAAACCACUUUUGGCAUCAUCUUCUCAGUUGCUAUUUCUUCUGUGUUGGCAAAAACCAUUACAGUGGUGUUAGCAUUCAUAACUACAAGACCAGGAUCCAAGAUAAGGAAAUGGAUGGGGAAAUGGAUGGCAAUUUGUAUUGUACUCUCCUGUUCCCUCAUUCAAACUGGUAUUUGUACUGUGUGGAUGAGUAUUGCCCCUCCAUUUCCAGAUUUUGAUAAGUACUCCUCACCUAAAGAAAUAGUAGUACAAUGCAAUGAAGGAUCUACCUUUAUGUUUUAUUGUGUUCUAGGAUACUUGGGACUCCUGGCUGUUGUCAGCUUUGUGGUAGCUUUCUUUGCUAGGAAGUUGCCUGAUGCUUUUAAUGAAGCCAAAUUCAUCACUUUCAGUAUGUUGGUAUUUUGCAGUGUGUGGUUGUCCUUUGUGCCAAGCUAUCUGAGCACCAAGGGAAAAUACAUGGUGGCUGUGGAGAUCUUCUCUAUCUUAUUUUCUAGUGUUGGUUUACUGGGCUGUAUCUUUUUCCCCAAAUGCUUUAUAAUUAUUCUGAAGCCUGAGUUAAACAGCAAAGAAUAUUUGACAAGGAAAAACAGAGCUCAGUUAUUUGAGUGACAUUAUUUAUAGUCCCAUGUCUGGAAUUUUGCAGAAGAAAGGGUUUUUAAUGGAUUGGCUUAUGCAGUUGUUGCAUUUCCUCCAAUAUUAGAAAGGAUAUAAGGGCAAGAGUCACUGCAGGUAUUGAUGUCUACAUCAGUCCAUCACGCACUCCAGCUGUGUUAAUCUUUUAAAACAUUUGGUGUUUUAAACCAUUUCUAUAUUAAACCAUUUCCAACCAUUUUUAUGGGCACUACAGAUACCAGUUGUGUUUGUCAAAGCAGAAGGAUUGGCCUUUUUCGUGAACAAAUAAUUGCAACUUCUAAAAUAAAGCUGUUGUUGUGUGGGAUGAUGUCUCCUUUGUUAUGAACAUGAAGAAAUCAGUUAGAUAGAUAGAUAGAUAGAUAGAUAGAUAGAUAGAUAGAUAGAUAGAUAAACCUGUCUGUUAAAUAAACAGUAAAUCAUCACUUGUACUUAGUGCCCAUCCUGAGCACUGAUGGAAACAAAAUACUUCCCAUUUUUGUUUCCAAAUAAGAAAGAAGAGAAUCUCCUACCAUGAAAAACGGGGAAUGCACAAAUACAGUACUUGAAAAGUCUGUAAUUGUACUUUGCAGUUGUGAUGUAAAAAUGUAAUUGUACUUUGCAGUUGUGAUGUAAGAGAAAAUCCGAGAAAUCAUAUGGGUCUAGGCACUAUGUUUUUUAAUAUGUUUUAAUUGUACUUAUAUGCUUUUAUCUGUUUUUAUUACUCCAUGUGUUUGUUUAUUUAUAUGAGUAAUGCGGCAUUGAAUUUUGCCAUAGUGGUAAGCCGCUUUGAGUGAGAAGAGUGGGGUAGAAAUAUAGUAAAUGAAUAAAUAAAUGUUUUCUUUUGCUCUCAUGGUCCACUUAUUGUUUUGAACAGAAUUUUACUUGAAUUUCUAAUAAUCAAUGCAACUUGCCUUUCUUGUAACCCAUUAUUCACUCCCAGAGCCUCACAGAAAUGGGAAAAGUGCAGGAAUACACCAAGGAAAUCUUUUUUUUUUUUUUUUUUUUUUUUUUACAAAAUACAUGCAGGUUAAAAUGGGUAAGCAUUUCUUUGGCCUGAAAUGAGCUCAAAGAGGGGGGGAAAGGGAAUAAAAACAUUAUGUGAAAACCCUCAUUGCGCAACAGAAUUUUGAAAGGCGCAUUUAGAAGACUGUAAAUCAAGAACUCAUGAAAAAGGAAAAUAAACAAAGGGAAUUCUCUCUCCACUUUUGCCUAAUUUGGGGGAAAUGAAUUCUAACCUCAAUAUAAUUCUUUCUCAACUGAAUGUGCAAGAAUGAUGGGCAAGUGUUUUGAAACACCAUAUAAUAUUUUUUCCCUUAUGAUUUGUAGAAUCUAAGCUGGUUAGAGACCAAGUCCUGUGAUCAUUAAAAAAACCAAGUUCUUUCUUCUCCUUCUCAGUUUCAAAUAUAGUGCUCAGUAAUUUGUGAAGUUAAUAGGAUAGUAUAUAGCACUAUCUUCAGAAAACAGAUAUAGAAAGGAAUAGCUGAAAGUCAGAGCAACAAGGAGCAUUAUGACAUCUUAAAGAUGUCAUAAGGUUUUGAACAUGUAAGCUUUUGUGGAUCUGUAUCAUAAUAAAAGCUUAGUCUCUAAGGUGCAACAAGUCCCACUUUUUUGAUAGUUGCUAUAAUAAACAAUGUAGCUGUGUCAUGUAGUUAUUAGAAAUCAGGAGCCUUCCAUAUAAUGAUGGGAAUCGUUAUGGGAAAAGUACAUGUUGCUGGGUGACAAAAAUAAAAUGUUAGAUCUCACUCUUCUGCUCUUCAAUGCGUGGUAGAAGAGAGGCUGAAAAUUUCCUCUCUGCUUCUGAUUGAUCUUUUUUAUUGAGAGCAUGAAACUUGUUUUGGAAGACAACUUUGUCAAAAGAGGCAUUAAUCAGAUAAGAUACCAAGAAUGCAUAACUCUUGUGCUACAGAAUCAGAACUGACAAUCUUCAAAGCACUAAAAAGUUUUAAGACAAGAUUAUUAUAAGACAAUCUAGCAAGACACAUGAUUGGCCACAGGGAUUCAAUUUACAUACCAACCAAUAACAUCAAUUGGAUAGGCUGGAACAAGAAAUAUUUUUGUUAGUUGGUUAGUUUGCUUAUUAGUUUGCUUAUUCGUUUUUUUUGUGAUGGCCCCAUUUUAAGCAGUGUUCUACCAUGAGCUGCAAAUAUUAUUUUCAAAGGCAACAAAAAGUUAAGAAACUGAAUAUUCCAUAAUAUUCUUAAAUUAAUAUAAGACCAUUUUCAUUUCAUAAUUGUGUCUUUCUACUACUUGGUUUUGGCUGAUGUUCAUUCUAGUUUAAAUGUUAUUUGUUUGUUUACUUUGUGGUUGCCUUUAGGAUGCCUUUUCUCAGAAGGCAAUGGUAAAAUAAUUUAAAUAAAUCAGUUGUUAGAUCCUACAAAGGAAUGGCCAACAGUUUCAUACCAAUUAUGGUUUCUUUGAAGUCAAUUUCCCUAUGCCAAUUCUGCUGUAGAUUACCUCUAUUCUCUCAUUAUCUAACAAAAUGAAGUUCAGGAAUGUGCCAAAAUGAUGGAUAUUUCAUAAUAUCAUUCCAUUUGUCACUGGGAUUUAAAGCAGACAGAAUACUGAGAGCACUGGUGUACUUGCUAAACCAGGAACCUUGGUCCUAUUUCCCAAGGCAGAUAGAUGCUGCAUGCUUGCAGCGAUAUUGAAAAAUUACUCAUCUGGAAUCUAUAGAGAAAAUCCAAGCUGGGAAUUGAGUUCAUGUAAAGUUUGUACCUAAAAGUAUUGGGGAAAAAAUCAGUUGACAAAAAAUACGUAAUCCCCACUGUAAAAAAAAAUAAUCAUAUGAGUCAAGACUCCAUGCAGCACGCAAUCCCCUUGAGCACAUUUCACUGGAAUAUUUAUCUAACCUGAAAUGCUAGUAACGUGGGCUUGAAGAAGGCAAAAAUACAACAGCUAUUAAGGUCGGUAUGAAAGAUUUUACAUCAUUCCAGGUCGGUAUCAAGGUCUUCUCCAGGAUGAAAACAAUUGAUCAUUGCUUGCAAUGAAACAAAAAGUUCAAGACUGCUGAACAGGUAAGAUAUAAUGAAUGAGUUAUUAUACAGUUACUAUUGUUUCUGAAUUCUUUGUAAGCUCGUGUAAAUAGGGCUGCCAAUUUGGCUUUAGAAAGGGACUGAAGCAAAUUCAAGGACAUGGAACUUUAUCAAUAUUUAUGUGUCAAACUGGCUAUCUUUCACAUGCAAAAUCAGAGGCAUUAUGCCUCCACAUAUCAGCAGAUGAGUUGAUGAUAUAAUGCAGAAAUAUAUCAUGGAUGGAAUCCUGUUGGGUCUGUUCUGACUGCUACACACUGUGAUUGUUUUAAUUUCAUAAUCCCUACAAAUACCCUAGUUUAGGGGAUUUAUAGGAACCAUUAAAGUCUCCCAUAAUCCUUAUAUGAUAUAGCCACUGCAAUCAAUUGAAGGGAGGGGUCUGUCCCCCUGUUGAUCAGGAAGCGGCCAGGUGAUGGUCCCAACCA